AGUAUCCGACCUGAAAGACCAGAUGUAUAUUUGCCGUUUAGCAGAGAUGAGCUCUCUUUGAAGGCGCGAAAGUGGAUUGUGGUCGAGAUGCCGCAGAUAAGUGUAAUCGGUGGGGUCGGCUUGCUCUGCCGCGGUAGGACUAUCCAGAGUCUUUGUGCCGGCGCCACCUUUCUCCGAUCCUUCUCCGCACGGGCCGUUGCCCGCGUUUUUGCGCGAAAAAGUUCACUCUUUGGGCGACGACGUGACGAGUUUCAGAAAUCGACAUAUUUCCCGCCAUUACUCUCACCACCAUGGCUACCAACAGCAUCAAGUUACUGACCGGCAAUAGCUAUCCUGAGCUCGCAGCUCUAGUAGCUGAUCGACUUGGAAUCGAGCUCACCAAGAUCCUCGUGCUUCAAUACUCGAACCAGGAGACUUCCGUGACUAUCGGAGAGUCGGUCCGAGACGAAGAUGUCUUCAUCCUGCAAUCUACGCCACCAGGCGAUAUCAACGAUGCGCUCAUGGAGCUGCUGAUCAUGAUUAAUGCGUGCAAAACGGCUUCUGCUCGCCGCAUUACUGCUGUGAUUCCAAACUUCCCUUAUGCUCGCCAGGAUAAAAAGGACAAGUCACGCGCGCCUAUCACGGCAAAACUCAUGGCAAACAUGCUUCAAACUGCUGGUUGCAACCAUGUCAUCACGAUGGACCUCCACGCCAGCCAGAUUCAGGGCUUCUUCAAUGUGCCUGUAGACAACCUCUACGCAGAACCGAGUACGCUCAGAUGGAUUCGUGAGAAUCUGGACGUCAAGGACUGUGUUAUUGUCAGCCCAGAUGCAGGAGGUGCAAAGAGGGCAACUUCGAUAGCCGAUGGCUUGAACCUUGGCUUUGCCCUCAUUCACAAGGAGCGAACACGCCCGAAUGAGGUUUCGCGAAUGGUUCUGGUCGGAGAUGUACGAGGCAAGACGGCCAUCCUGGUCGACGACAUGGCCGACACAUGCGGAACGCUCGUUAAAGCGGCGGACGUGCUGAUCUCCGAGGGUGCAAAGGAUGCGCUCGCAAUUGUCACACACGGCAUCCUGAGUGGCAACGCCAUCGAAGCUCUCAACGGCAGUAAACUCAAGAAGAUUGUUGUCACCAAUACCGUACCUCAUGAGGAUAAGAAGGAGCUGUGCGAUCGUAUCGAGACGAUUGACAUCAGUCCUACUCUUGCCGAGGCCUGCAGGCGUACCCACAAUGGCGAGAGUGUUAGUUUCCUCUUCAAGCACGCGCCUGUCGACUAAGGAAGACGCUACCGUUCUACCAACGGCAGUCCUUUAGCAUAUGAAUUAACGGCGUCACGGGC